AUGGCUAAUCGUAGAAAUAUCGAAACAUCUAAACCAUACACCUCUAUUGAUAGUUUCAAUGAGAUUUGUGAAGCCUUAGACAAUUUCAUUGAUGCUGCCAAUAUAGAGUUAUGCUCUAGAAAUUCCGAUGAGGAUCGACUCAUCACGAUUCAAUGGCAUCACAAGUCUAUACAAAAUUAUGCAAUUUUAAUUAAAUUUUUUAGAAAAUAUAGCUUCUCAGUUCCUCAAAAACAUAGGAUCUUAACGUUAUUACAUCAUAUAAAUUACUUGAAAUGCCACUUUGAUUCGCUGAUGAAGCGCGGUGCAGGACUUAAUCAAUCAAAUGAAAAAAUUAAAUGGGCUCUAACUGAUUCGGCUUUUAAUAAUCGAUUACAAACCGGUACAGUCAUUAAUUUAAGUCACUUAGAUGUUAAUGAAUUUUUAGAUGAUGCCUUUGUUCCUUUUGAAAAUCACAUUAAAACUUGCUUAGACACGUUCGGUCCGUUGAAAGUAUAUACAGUAUUCAAUGCAAAAUAUAAAAAGGUUUUACCUGACGGUACUACAGAAUUCGAUAUAAAAUAUUUCAUUAAUAAGACAGAGUCAAUUUUCCCUUCAACUGAGUUACGCGAUUGGUAUAAUGAUUAUGUAAAGCAGAAAACACUUAAAGAAAUUGAAGAUUUUCAAGAUAAAGAAUCAAAUUGGCAACUCUAUUCAAUCCAUAGAUUAGAUGUCAAUAUUAACAAAUACAAUCCUUUGCGUGUUGGUUCUUUCAUUGAUCUACCGCCAUCUAUUAAAGCUAAACGUGCCUGUGUCAAUGUUAGAAAUGAAAAGGAUAAUGAAUGCUUCAAGUGGGCAAUAUUAUCGGCAUUGUAUGAAGCUUCUUCAAACCCAUCUCGUUUGCAAAACUAUGAAUAUAUUCAACAUCAUUUAAAUUUCACUAAUAUUAAAUUCCCCGUAGCACUCAAUGACGUUACAAGAUUUGAAGUGCUUAACAAUAUUUCAGUAAACGUUUAUUGUCUUGUUAAACGAAAGGGGAAAUUCACAGUCUCGCCAAUACACCUAACCUCGCAGAAACAAUCCAAACAUGUUAAUCUUCUACGCGUUGAUGGUCACUACAUUGAUGAGGAUGAUGAUAAAGAAGAUUCCGGAAGUUCCAACAAAUUCCACUAUGUUUGGAUAAAAUCUUUAUCGCGUCUUAUAAAUAACCAAGUUUCAUCAAAUGGGCAUGCGCUAUUUCUUUGCGAUCGCUGUCUUCACUACUUCAGAAGCAACGAUAAACUUACUGAGCACGUUGAGGAUUGCCAGAAAAUGAAUAACACCAAAAUCAUCUUACCUAAACCUGGAUAUAAUAGUAUCCAAUUCAAGAACUUUAGUAAUAAAGAAAAAGUACCAUUCAUCAUUUAUGCAGAUUGCGAGAGUCUACUAGUUCCAGGGGAGAAUUCUUCAUCUAUGGGAUGUCACACAGAAGUAGUUCAACAACAUCAACUUCUCAGCAUUGGAUUCUAUUUAAAGAGUUAUGAUGACUCUUUAAAUGAAUACCGGGCAUCACCCAGGAAUGAAGAAGAUCCGGCGAGAUGGUUUGCAAAAGAGUUGAAAAAGUUGGCGGAAGAAAUUAAACCUACAUUUAUGGUAAAUAUUCCAAUGGAUACUCUAAAUGCAGAUCAAAAAGCCGCAUUUAAAGUAGCUAAUAUUUGCCAUAUUUGUAUGAAAACUAUCAAGCAUGGAGAAGUAAAAGUUAGAGAUCAUUGCCAUCUGACUGGGGUGUAUCGAGGUGCAGCCCAUCAAGAUUGUAAUGUCAAUUAUCAAGAUUCUAGAAUAGUUCCUGUAGUCUUCCAUAAUUUAAGUGGUUAUGAUGCACAUUUUAUUAUUAAAGCAAUCGCGAAUGAGUUUGAAGGUAAAAUUGACGUUCUUCCCAUUAACAAGGAAAAAUAUAUUAGUUUUACCAAACAUGUUGAAGCAAGUUUCAUUAAAUUUAGAUUCAUAGAUUCAUUUAGAUUUAUGGCAUCAUCUUUAGACAAAUUAGCAUCAUAUUUAAACGAAUACAAAAUUGUUAAAUCAAACUUUUCAAACUAUAGCGAUAAUAAAGUUAAUUUGUUAACCCGAAAAGGAGUUUUUCCUUACGAGUAUCUCGAAUCUAAGGAAAAACUCGAAGAAACUCAGUUACCCCAAAAAGAACGUUUUUAUAGUACAUUGAAUGAUUCAAAUAUAUCAGAUCAAGAAUAUUUACAUGCUCAGCAAGUAUGGUCAGAAUUUAAUUAUCCUGCACACUAUUGCACGACACCGGGUUUUACUUGGGAUGCUAUGUUAAAAUAUACAAAUGUAAAACUAGAACUGCUCACUGACAUUGAUAUGAUAAUGUUUAUUGAACGUGGUAUAAGAGGGGGUAUAAGUCAAUGUACAAAUCGUUAUGCCAAAGCAAAUAAUCAAUAUAUGAAAGAGCACAAUGUCAAUGAGGAGACUUCUUACAUUGUAUAUUUAGACGCUAAUAAUCUAUAUGGUUGGGCCAUGGUACAGUCUCUUCCCUAUGAUGAUGCAACUAUAGGUUAUAUUUUGGAAGUUGAUUUAGAUUAUCCUACAGAACUACAUAAUAUGCAUAAUGAUUUCCCAUUUUGUCCUGAACACUUGAAACCACCAGGGUCAAAGCAAGAAAAGCUUCUAACUACUCUCCAACCGAAACGAAAAUACAUUCUCCAUUAUCGUGCACUUAAACAAGCAUUAGCCAAUGGGCUUAUGUUGGUUCACAUCCACCGCAUUUUACAAUUUAAACAGUCAACUUGGCUUAAAGAUUAUGUCGAUUUCAAUUGGGAUCUGAAAUCAUAG